CGUCACAGCGUGCAGACAGCCGGGGAGGCGGAUCUGAAGGAAGACGGUUCAACCCACUCCACGGCGUGUCUGAGCAAAAUGUAACAUGGAUGAGGAGGUCGCUGAAAGUUGGGAAGAAGCUGCCGAUAGUGGGGAAAUGGAAAAACGGUUGGAAGAGAAGCUACGGAUCAGCCAGAAAGAAAAGGAGUCCAGCAAUGCGUCCCGAUCUCUGUUGAAGAAAACCAUGGUAAUACAGGACGACUCCUUACCAGCGGCACCCCAACCUCAGAUACGCAUUUUGAAGCGGCCUGCGAGUAACGGGUCACUGACCUCUACCCUGAAUCAGAACAGACCUACACCGCAGGUCAAAUCUUUGGCCCAGCGAGAAGCGGAGUAUGCCGAGGCCAGGAAGAGAAUACUGGGCAGCGCUUGUCCAGAGGAGACGCCUCAGGAUAAGCCCAACAUAGACAGACCAGGGCACAAUAACUCUACACUGCCUUCAGAGGACACCAGAUCAAACAGUCACACCGUCCGGCAGCCAGCCGGCCCAGACGGCACCCAAGGUUUCCGACAGCACAGAUAAGUGCACCUAGAGGGCCACCCAGCCCCUGAGGGGAGAGAGAUCGAGGGUCCCCUGAGAGCAAAUGCAGUACUGUAUUCUUAAAAAUUUUCUUCCUUCCGUUCCCAAACACACAGGGAGCUGUAAGUACAGCGUCCUCACUGCCAGUGUCUUCCCACUCACAGCCGUCUGGAACCGACAGGGAGCGAGGAACUCCAGGAAGAAGUCCAAUGAAAAUAUGCUCUCAUCUCUCCCCACUUAAGUCUGUUUGGCACUGUGAUUAUAGACAUCUUCUGGACUCACUGUGAUGAUCCCCUUUAAGAAAAGCCCCUCACCUCCAUCUCUGUCUCCCCUUCAGUCCGAAGUGGCUCCAUCUGAGGACGCCAUUAAGGACAAACGGAAAGACUUAAACAAAGGACGGCUCAGAGGAGGAGAAAUGAGGGGCUAUGUCAAAAUGAGAUGAGCUGGUACUUGUGCAGCAGCUUCUUCCCAGCAAUAAGACUUCACCUUUUGUUUUUAAUUUUCAGAUGUUGGCUCAGUCAAUUUUUUUUUUAAUCAUCUUUCUUGCUUUAUCAAAUUUAGGGUUGCUCUGAUAUCUAACGAAUAUAGGCAAAAGUACGUCACAUUAUACACCAUGAGAAUCUGUUCAGAGCAGUAUUUUAUAUUGAGGUUCUUUUUUUUUUUUUUUUUUUUUUAAAUAAACAUAG